GACGGAUGCGUGUCCUAUCCUUUCCUGUUCUCUCUACCCUCACAUUCUCUGACCCAGACACCCUUCUGUUCAGACUCUGUCUGCUUCACUCUUCCUUUCUACUGUCCACGUCCUUUUCUCUCUAUCCUGGAAGGGAGUCAGUGACCCUCUCUGCUUCUUUAUCUCUACUUCCUUUAUCUCCUGGUUCUUUCGUCCUCUCCCCUCCUCUUUAUUCUUCUUUCUCUAUCCACACCUCCUUCUCUUUAGCUUUCUCUCUCCACCUCCUCCCCCCGGCUUUGCUGAUGAUCCACUCCUCCUCCUUUACUGAGCUUUACCCCAAAUCCCGCCCGUUCCCCAUCCAACGGCUCAUUGGAUCCGAAUACUUUAUCGUCGAUCUUGGGGUUCAGUGUUUCUCAGACUCGGACACUAGGCCCCAAAUCCCCGGGCUCAAGUGACAGCGGCGACCCCACACAGUCACGGACAACGGCGAUUCGCGCAAGCGCACAGCGAGGGCACCGGUUGAAGGCAGUGAUUCUCCGACCCAGCCUCAGUGCGGAAUUGUCAUCAACAGCCCGUCCAGCACACAGGAAGUUUUUAAAGACCCCACCCAGUGAUAUAUUGUCAGCCUGAAGCCCAGCGAGUUUGUGUGGAUUGCUGUCCUUCUGAAGGUAUUUAGGGAAUGUGUGAUGUCCACGAGUGAUGGAUAUUGAAAAGCUGGUGCACAUCGCUGAAACCCUGGAGAAGAUUGUGUUGAGAUGCUUUGGACCUGAUGGCGGUCAGGUGCUGUUUGUCCGAGAUACCGGAGAUAUCCACAUCACCAAGGAUGGAUGCAGAAUACUGGAGUCGCUGCUCCUGGACCACCCGGCUGCCAGGUUGAUGGUACAGAGCAUGUCGGCUCACUGCAGACUGACGGGAGACGGAGCCAAGUCCUUCAUCCUGCUGCUGGCCGCCAUGCUGCGGGGAGUCAGGGCAGAGACCAGAGGGCAGGGCCCUGCCAGGAGACACUGGCUGGUCAGGGGGUUGGCCAGGCUGGAGCGGGAGGUCCUGGAGCCGGUGCUGGGGAGGGAGCUGGCCCCGCACUGUGCCCAGGCUCUCAGUGCCCGGGCUGGGCAGCUGCAGCUGCCAUCCGAGCAGGCAGCCCGAGUGCUGGGGGCCUACUUCAGGGGUAAAGUGGGGCUGACCCACGCCCCCCUGCUGUCACAGCUGGCCUGUGACUACAUUGAGCGACUGGGAGGGGGCCAGGCUGAGCGGGGCCUGGGGCUGGCAGCUGACUGUUUCCCAGGCCUGCAGGUGACGGUGCCCGGUCUUCCUGUGUCCAGCAGCCGGGUGCUGGAGGGUCUGCUGCUGAGCCGAAGCACAGCUCUGCCCUGCAGCCAGGCCCAGACCCAGAGCCCAACCCGGGUGCUGGCAGUGGGAAAAAGCCUGCUCCCCAUUCUGACCCAGGCCGGAUCCACCCUGAAGCCAGAAGGGCCGGCAGGGCUGGCCCGGGCCCGGGGCUGGACUCAGGCCCAGGCGGAGGAGACGCUAGCCCGCCUGCAGGCCCUGGGGGUCAGGCUGCUGCUGUCGGGGCCCAGGCAGCCGGACUAUGUGUUGGAGCAGGCCCAGAGACGAGGCCUAUCGGUAGUGCACUGCCUCCCAGACGAGGAGCUGGCCCUGCUCAGGAGGCUGACCGGAGCAGAGACACACUACCGCUUGUCACAGGUCACCCUGCUGGACACCCUGCCCGCCAGCUUUGUCAGCACUGCUCCCAUCCUCCCCCGCACCCAGCUCCUGCUCGGUCUCCCCGGUCUCCAGGGCUGCCAGCCCCACUGCCUGCUGGUCUGUGCCCCCACCAUCGGCUUAGCACGGCAACUCCAAGAUGCUCUCCACGGGGCCUUCAAACUACUCAGGCUCCUGCUGCCUGAAACAGCAGAUCUCCAUGGAAGGAACGAGAGACAGGGGAUUGGGGAAUUGGGGAGAGAGGGCGAGAGACAGGGGAUUGGAGUGGGGAGAGAGGGGGACAGACAGGGGACUCGGGAGCUUGGAAGAGAGAGACAAGGUACUGAGGACCAAGAGAUUGGGAGCAACAGACAGUGGACUGGGGAACGUGAGAUAGGGAGUGAGAAACCAGGAACUGGGCAGUGGGUAAAUGAGAGACAGGUGACUGGGGACCUGAGGAGAGAAAGUAAGGGGAAGGAAUCGGGUGAACUGGGAGGUGUGAAACAAGGAACAGUACAGCUGGUCAGAAACGAGGAUGAAACGAAGAGUAUGCAGACAACUGAAGAAGGGCAGCACUACCAUGCAGGAGUCCCGUUAGCUGAGCUGGGCAGCUGUGAGCUGCCAGCUGGGAGUGUCCUACCUACAGGGGGUACCUUUGAGUUCCUUGUACACCAUUACCUCUGUCGUGUGUCUGGCAGUCUACGGCAGAUCAACACCAGGGUGGCGUGCAGGAUUGUUGCAGAUGCCUUGCUGAAUAUCCCCAGGCACCUUCAUCCCUGGGCGGAGCGGGGAGGGGCCUACCUGCAGGCUCAAGCCGAUUUUGCAGCUAACCAUCGAGAACAAAGAGUACGGCCGGUGAUGGAGUGUCCCCUCGAGGUGGUGGCCGCUAAACAGCGCCUGCUGGUUUCUGUUCUCCAGUGCCUGAGGAGCCUGCUCACCAUCGACUCCAUCAUCCCUGUCCACGGCAAACUCCGGAAAAAUCUACAGAGAGAUGGUGGGGACUCGGAGUAACCAGUGACCCAGGGAAAGUGGUUGUUUGUCACCGGGGGGAGCCUGUCAGUGUCAGCUGUUUAUCACCUGGGCAGAGCCUGUCACUGUCAGCUUUCUGUCACCGGGGGGGGGGAGCCUGUCACUGUCAGCUGUUUAUCACCGGGGGGUGGGGGGGAGCCUUUCACUCUCAGCUUUCUGUGACCCAGCGGGGGAGCCUGUCACACUCAGCUUUCUGUCACUGGGGGGAGCCUGUCACUCACAGCUUUCUGUCACCGGAGUGGAGCCUGUCAUUCUCAGCUUUCUGUCACCAGGGAGGGGGGGAGCCUGUCACUGUCAGCUGUUUAUCACCGGGGGGUGGGGGGGAGCCUUUCACUCUCAGCUUUCUGUGACCCAGCGGGGGAGCCUGUCACACUCAGCUUUCUGUCACUGGGGGGAGCCUGUCACUCACAGCUUUCUGUCACCGGAGUGGAGCCUGUCAUUCUCAGCUUUCUGUCACCAGGGAGGGGGGAGCCUGUUACUGUCAGCUUUCUGUCACUGGGGACAGCCUGUCACUGUCAGCUGUUUAUCACUCUGGGUUAGCCUGUCACUGUCAGCUUUCUGUCACUGGGGGGGAGGGGGGGAGCCUGUCACUGUCAGCUUUCUGUCGCCAGUGGGAGCCUGUCACUGUCAGCUUUCUGUCACCGGGGGAGCCUGUCACUGUCAGCUGUUUAUCACCCGCGCAGAGCCUGUCACUGUCAGCUUUCUGUCGCCAGGGGGAGCCUGUCACUGUCAGCUGUUUAUCACCCGGGCAGAGCCUGUUACUGUCAGCUUUCUGUCGCCAGGGGGAGCCUGUCACUGUCAGCUUUCUGUCACCGGGGGAGCCUGUCACUGUCAGCUGUUUAUCACCCGGGCAGAGUCUGUCACUGUCAGCUUUCUGUCGCCAGGGGGAGCCUGUCACUGUCAGCUUUCUGUCACCAGGGGGGAGGCGGGGGAGCCUGUCACUGUCAGCUUUCCGUUGCCGGUGGGGGAGCCUGUCACUGUCAACUUUCUGUCGCCAGGGGGAGCCUGUCACUGUCAGCUUUCUGUCACCGGGGGAGCCUGUCACUGUCAGCUGUUUAUCACCCAGGCAGAGUCUGUCACUGUCAGCUUUCUGUCGCCAGGGGGAGCCUGUCACAGUCAGCUGUUUAUCACCCGGGCAGAGCCUGUCACUGUCAGCUUUCUGUCGCCAGGGGGAGCCUGUCACUGUCAGCUUUCUGUCAUCGGGGGAGAAGCCUGUCACUGUCAGUCAUUUGUCUUUUGGGGACAGCCUUUCACUCUCUAUCACCCGGGGACAGCCUGUCGUUGUCAGCCAUUCUUCACUGGGGCCGUUUAUGGAUCAGUUGUCAUUAUGUGGCCCACCUGAGCCUGUUAAUGAGUUUGUUAAGAUGUUGGAGCCAAUUCCCCACUGCGUUCAUAUUGAAAACCUCCGUGAGUUAGCCCUCCAUUGCCACCAUACAGGAGUAACAUCACGCUGCUGUUCCCAGCAAACGCUGUGCCUCGCCUCUUGGUUAUUGUCUCAAUCCGGGCUGAAGCACAUAAGUUCAAGCCUGCACUGUACCGUCGAAGAUGCUGUCUUUCCGAGCAGUAUUAAGCUGCUGAACCAUCUGUUCACUGAAGUGGAUGUGGAAGAUCCCGUGACGCAGUUUUGGAAAGACAGUGUUAUCCCCACCCAGCUUAUAUCCAACCCACAAUAUGUGUUUUCAUUCCUUCCAAUGAUGAGGACAUCACUGGCCAAGCUGGGGUUUGUGUUCCAGUCCAGAACUCACUCUCCGCAGUGAGACACAGACUCUGGAUCAGUGACUCUCUUUACACAGUGAGAGACAGACUCAACAAAAAAAAUUCAUUUGUCGAUGAGUUUAUUCUGUUUGGAUAAUAAAUUUCUAUAAUAAUA